UGCAAUUAAAAGUUUUUAAAAUUCAAUGGAUUCUUACGUCUAUUUGUUGCCAAAAUAAUAAUAACAAUUAAUAAUAAUUGUUGUAUCAGUUUAUAUAUUCAAUUUACAAUCUACUAGACAUAGUUUGAUAAAUAAUUAUGAAAAUAAUUAGUAUCUUAAAUAAAUUAAUAUCGGUUUGUGUAUUAUUAUCAGUAGUAAAGUGUGGAAUGGCCAUAAAGUGCUAUCAAUGCAGCUCUGAUGAGGAUCCCAAAGGCGAAGACAAUUGUGGCGCUUAUCAACCCUUCGACCAAAACAAGAACAUUGCCGUCGAAUGCAUGGGAGAGGAAGCUCUCACUCCCGGGGCCGAGAGGUUUCAUUUGGGACGGCAGGUGGAGGACUGUUAUCAGACGCUGCGCUCAAGUCAGCGAAAGAGGUCAUUAAAGUAUCUCUUGGGGCUGUGAUUGGGGUUAUAAUGAUAAUGGCGUUUAUUGGGAGGAAUGUUAUUGCGCUGAAGAUUCAUGCAAUGGUUCCCAAAAUGUUGUCAUCUCAUUGUCCGCGUUUAUGAUUGUCUUUUUAUCGCUCGUAUUCACACUCUUUGGUCGCAUCUAUUCAUAAAACCGAAUGCGGUUUAACUUAUUAUAAGUUAUAACAGUAAAUGAAUCUCAACUAAAGAUCAAACAUUAUCUGACAAUAGUUUUCUAUCUUUUUAAUAUUUUUUGUAUAAACCUAUUUUACACAACUUUUAAUAAAUAAAU